UUUUGCACUUCUUUAACCACAAAGUACAGUAGCAGGAAGUAAGACUUAUUCAGCUGACCAUUGCCUGUGUGGUUUCACUUCUAUGUAGCACUACAGACUGUCAAUAUGGCUUUUUCCUGGCUUCUUGUAGUCAUGUUUUUCUCAACCAAACUGAGCAUUUGUGGAGGAGACGUGGGAGAUUUUUCCCCGUGUUUACAGUUCUUCUACAAAUCUUCGCCGCCUAAAGGUCUGACUGGGACUCCAAUCUGUCAAAGAUACAGCAACCAGUAUCGCUUUGCCUCACUGUACAGCCGUGUGAGGAGGUCAGCCUGGUUCUCUGCCUAUGUGUACAGUGUCCCAUUGGGGAAGAGACCCUCGGUAGCCUGGAAGUAUGAGCCACAGCUGGCUUACCCCAAAGCCAAUGGCAACAUGGCGCUGUUUCCCCCAGGCCCCAUAGACCUGAAUGUGGUGGAGAGUCAGGCCGUGGAUCAAGACUACAUCAACUCCUCCUUCUCUCGUGGGCAUCUGAACCCCAGUCUGCACCACCAUGAGUAUGAUGAUCGGUCCUCCACCUUCACCCUCACCAACGUGGUCCCUCAAAAGGCUGGGUCCAACGACGGGCCCUGGGAAACCCUGGAACAAACUGUCAACAAAACAUUAGCAGCUUACUGCAUUGGAAAAGCUUACAUAGUUACAGGAAUUAUACCAUACAAUAAUCAAGAGCAUUGGAUCAAGAACAAGCGUGUGGCAGUACCAGAGUACUUAUGGUCUGCCUAUUGUUGCCCACAGUUUAACAACAGCCUUCCACAAUACCUAAGAAGUGCCUUUCCAACAUACGCAGCUAUUGGUCGUAAUGAUAGAAAUAGUACUGAGGAGAUUGUGCCAAUUAACAAGUCAGCAAAGAAGCAGUUUUUUGGCUACGAUGUGAGACAAAUGAGCCUGGCAACUCUGGAGAUAUAUUUAAAACAAAGGUUCAAUACUGUGGUCAAUGUUUUCUAUGAUAGUUGUAAUGGGCAGAGUAAUUAUUAGGCUAAAUGUCUCACAAAUCCACAAUGCAACACUAUAAUAAGCAAAAGAAUACUUUAGUUUUGGACUAAUCAUAGGGCAAAGUUGUUUAUGCUUGUUACUUAUCUGUGUUACACAAUUAACCCCAUACAGUUACGUCUCAGUAUUUACUAAGUAUUAAUUUGUCUCUAAAGUGUACCACUGACAUUUCACCAUCAGAGGGCGCCAUGGUCUUUCUGUCGCUAACAGAUGGGUUAUUUUAAAGAUGCCUUUAAAGUAACAUGCCCUUCAUAUCCGGGAACACUGAUAUGAAGUCAAAUUUGAAAUAAAAAUUCUAUAUUCUCACUGUUACAGAUGACAACUGUGAUGUAAUUUAUUCUUAAUGACCAUAAAAUUGGACAUGGCCAAA